AUGACUGUGCCUCAUGGCUUCUCUGGCUCUUCAGAUAAAUCAUUAGUUUGCAAACUGCUCAAGUCAUUGUAUGGACUCAAGCAGGCUUCACGACAGUGGAACAUUAAGUUAACCACUGCUCUAGCUUCUUCUAGCUUCCAACAAAUUCAUCUCGAUUACUCCUUUUUCACUAAGAAAAUAGCAGGGAAGAUAGUCAUAGUUUUGGAUUAUGUUGAUGAUUUGCACAUCACAAGUGAUGACUUUCAGUUGAUACAAGAUACCAAGGAUGUGUUGCAAUCCUCUUUUAAAAUUAAGGAUUUGGGGGAACUAAAAUAUUUUUUAGGCAUUGAAUUUGCUAGGAGUGCUGAAGGAAUCCUUAUGCACCAGAGGAAGUAUGCCUUGGAACUUAUUGCUGAUUUGGAUCUUUCUAGUUCCAAGCCUAUUAUCACACCCAUGGAGUUGAAUGUCAAGCUCACUAUUGUUAAAUUUGACAAUCAUGUUGGUUCUGUGGAGGAGAGGGCCUUAGAUGAUCCAGGGCCUUAUCAAAGAUUGCUUGGGUAUUUAUUAUAUCUCACUAUCACUCAACCUGAUAUUUUAUUUGAUGUACAUUGCCUCAGUCAGUUCAUGUAUUCUCCAAAAACUUCUUACUGGGAGGCUGCACUCAGGGUGGUCAAAUAUGUUAAGUCCUGCCCUGAUCUAGGGGUUUUAUUGUCAGCUGUUUGUUUUGAGUCUCUCAUUGCUUUUUGCGAUGUUGAUUGGGCAUCUUGUCCUAAUACUCGGAGGUGA